AUGUCCUCGUCCCUGUGCAAUCACGGAACUGGAUUCAGCGUCAGUCUGUUCCUACUCCUUACUAGGAGUUUCGCUCAGCAGACAGUACAACGCACUGGCUCGUAUUCGUCGCAGACCCCCCUCAUCCCAGAGGCAGAGUUCAUGGAGACUUGCAAGAGAGAGAAAGAAGUAGAGAAUCUUGCAAAUGAGUGUACUCGGUUAGAGUUCCUGGAAAAGCAACGCAGAACGCAAAUCCAAGUCCAGGAAACAGAGGCUAAGCGCAGCACCAGCGCAUGCGCGGAGAUUAAAGGCAAAACAGGCCUCCACGUAUCGCAAAGCGAGAACGCCGAUUGA